AUGACGGGGUCCAUUUCUUGGACACAUUUGAUUGAAGGUUUGCCCUCACCCGGAAACCAGCACCUGAAAGGCGCGCCACAGUAUUCAAAGAACAAUUGUAACGCACUCAUAGUGCACAGAUUCCAAGUGAAGACCGAAAAGUUAAUAGUGCCUUUAAAGAGAUUGGAGACAAAUCCUUUUGAAGCGAUUUGCUCGUACGGGGCAAGACCCAUACUAAGAGAGGGGAGGGAACGUGUUACCUCCCGGGGAAGACUUCCUUCUUUAACGUCAGAAGUGUCUCGCCAGUUCCCGUUGACAACUCUUCCUUCUGAUCCCAAGGAAUGCGCGUCUGGU